AUGUGCCUUUUAUGCAACAAAGUUUUGGGCAAUGACGCUAUAAAACCAUCUAAACUGCAAGAUCAUCUGAGAAGAUGCCACCCUGAUAAAACAGAGAAAGAUUUGAAAUACUUUCAAACACUCAAAGAUAAAUUUCAGAAGAGACCUACACUGGACAGAAUGUUCGCUUCGACGUCACAAAGAAAUGAUGAUGGUUUGCGGGCGUCAUACAAUAUCUCGUUACUUAUAGCAAAAUCCGGAAAACCGCAUACUAUCGGAGAGAAGUUAAUUUUGCCAGCCGUUGAAGAGGUUUUAAAAACUGUUUUACACAAACCUGCAUCUGAUAUCAUUAAAAGAAUUCCCUUAAUCAACAAUACUGUUGAAAGACGUAUUGAUGAAAUGAGUUCUGAUAUUGAAAGCUUCUUAUGUAAUUAUUUGCAAACGACCCAUUUCUCUAUACACCUGGACGAGUCAACUUUCCCUGAUAAUGCAGCAUUAUGA